AUGUUCGCGCUUCCAGUCCGCUCCGUGGCCCGGGCUGCCAGGGGCCUCAAGGUGCCUGGCUCCUUGCGCCCACUAUCAUCCCCAACCCAACCCAGCCCAUCUCAACCACAAAAGCAGACAGCCCCUCCAGUGGAGGUACCACCGAACUCCGCUAUCCAGUCGGCGGAAACGGAGCAGCUCGCCGAACAACCGGUGAAAGAAUGGGCGGACCGAUUAGGGGCGCUUGGUGAGAAUACACGACUGCCGCGGAGUGUACAGGCGAUCUAUCUGCGGCCGCUACGGAGACGGGCCGAACACGGUCUUCCGGUCUGUGAUCUUCAAUUGCGAUCAUAUAGCGUCCGGAACGUCGAGUUUUUUGCGGAUUUUGCAAUCCGUGCCGCCUACUACCUCAACUUGCCGGUGUCCGGCCCCAUCCCCCUGCCGCGCAUCGUCGAGCGCUGGACCGUGCCGCGGAGCAACUUUGUUCACAAGAAGAGCCAGGAGAACUUUGAACGGAUUACCCUUCGCCGCCUAAUUCAGAUUAAAGAUGGCGACCUGCAAGCUGUCGAAGCAUGGCUCGCCUUCCUCCGAAAACACGCGUUCUACGGGGUGGGCAUGAAGGCAAAUGUUUGGGAACACGAGAGCCUUGACGUUGGCAAAGCGAUGGAUUCGUCGGUGGCUGAGAUUGAAAAGUCUCUCGGAGCGGACCUUGCACAAUUCGGCUUGCGCAAAGGCAGCUCCGCAGACCGCGUCAACACCAUAUUCGACAAUCUGGAUAAUGAGCGAUUCAAGGAACGCCGAGACAUCUAG